AUGGCCACUACAACUUACCUACAACCCCUGCAAGCUCCCGUGGCAUACUCUCCUCGGAUUCGCAGAGCUCUGAAAGCGCCCGAGCGCCCGAUCGCUCUUCGGAGAGAGUAUAUCACCGAGGCCAAAUCCCUCCUCACCUUCCGACCCCAAGGUGACCCGAAAUCCGCUAUCGGCUAUAGCAUCCAAGACGAUGACGGCAUAGUCCUGUUCACUGCCUCCGGUCGCAAAUUCAACGAUCGCCCUUGCCGGGAGUUCCGGGAUGCCUCGGGACUCCCUUUGUUCGAGAUCCACCGGAAGUCCUUUAGGAAUUCCUGGUCCGUCUCGCUGCCCGGAAGUAGUAGUGCGAAGAUAGCCACCGUGACCCCGCGACGAAUUUCUGCGAUGUCUGGUUGGGGGAGCUUCCAUAUCACGUUCGAAAAUAGAGCGGCCUUCGAGAUGAAGAGGAAGGAGGACAAGGAGCUAACACUGGAGGUUGAGAGCCGUGGGAAUGCGUUAGCGUUAUAUGAUAUUGUGGAUGGGGAUCGCAAGGUCGCAGAAGUGCGCGAGAGUAUACAGCACAAUGAGAAGCUGGCCUUAAUGAAGCGCUUUCCAAGUACUAAACAUGGCUACCGACCGGUCCUGGAUAUCGUUAUAACUGCGCAUGUCGACCAAGCCUUAAUUGCGGCUGUUGCAGUCAUUAUAUCCGACACGGUUUUCUCUGCGAAUGUUCGAUGA